CGGACGGCGUGCAGUCAUUGUUCGGUGCCCGUUGGCUCUGUCCGCACUGUCCUGGAGAUAAAACGAACAUCCGCGGUCCACAGGCAGCUAGUUACGUGCAUCACACGUGAGCGCGCCGGCCACUUCUCGUUCCGUUUCUGUGCGUACGAACCGCGCGGCAAGCACACGCCGGUAGCAUCGAAUCAACGUUUUUUUUGCCGAGAGCGUCGCCGUACAAUAUCCGUAUACUUGCACCGCCGCCCUACGACCGCGGUAUACGACCGAUUCGCCUGUUCCCGUCACUUGCGCCCAGUGUGUUAACAGCUUAUCGGUUUAACCGUCCGGCAUGCCGACAUCACUGUGUUGAUAAUGUUACAUGGAUAAAUCGAGCUGCUGUUAUACAUAAUAAUCUACAUACUCGUACUCCGUUUGCUUUGCGAAAGACGCCGUGAUAAACUGAAAACAUUAUCAAACGCAAAAUGAAUCAAAAUCAGCGAAAUUAUUACAAAAAAAACAUAGUAGCUCUGAAUUUGACCGCGGCGUUGAUAAAGAAAAACCCAGAGGACGACACUGACGACGAAGUGAAAUGGCCCUGUCUCGAGACGACCAGCGCCAAAGAUUCCUCCACGGAAACUUCUUCCACUACCUCCAGGGACGCAACGUCCAACGCUUCCGAUCAAAAGAGGAAACCGUAUUGCACUAUAGGAAACUCAUUCUACAUUUUUUCAGCUUUAGUAUUGUUCAUCGUGGGCAGUAUUACAAUAGUCUACACACCAUUUAACAUAUUAAUGAAUGAAAGACUGAAAAUGGUACGUGGUCUACCGGCUUACGAAUGGUGGAAAAAUCCUCCCGAUGAGGUUUUACUUAGAGUGUACUUAUUCAACGUAACAAACAGUGAAAGGUUUGAGAACGGACUCGACAGUAAACUUGAACUAAAUGAAAUCGGUCCAAUCAUUUUCAGAGAAUUGUUACGGCACAGCGAUGUGAGAUUCAACGACAACGGUACAAUGACUUAUGUGGCCACGCGUACGGCUGUAUUCUUGCCAGAAAUGACCAACGUCAGUUUGGACGACAAUUUAAUAAUACCCAACUUCGCCGCAUUGGGAAUGGCAUCAUUUUUGUGGGAUGCUUCUUUCUUCAAAAAGAUGAGUUUUAAAACCAUGAUAAAUUUUUUAAACACAAAAAUGUUCAUUAAAACAUCAAUUAAUGAUUGUUUAUGGAAUUUAACUGAUCCACUAGUCCAGAAUGCAAAUAUGUUGAUACCUAGUUUAGUUCCUGAGAAAAAUAUGGGUAUAUUAUACCAGAUUUAUAAUAAGUUUACUGAUGAAGUUACUGUGUACAUGGGUCCGGAAAACGAGCCAAGAUUUUUUACGGUUGAAAAUUACAACGGAAAACCUAAUCUAGGUAUCUGGGAUGAUAUGAAAUGCGACAGUGUACAGGGUGCGACUGAAGGCGUUACGUAUCAUCAGUUCAUAUCGAAGAAUGACACAUUGAAGUACUUGAGAAAAACCAUGUGUCGAGUGACGCCGCUCAAAUACAAAAACGAGGUGGUCAAAUCAGGUAUGACAAUGUAUAAGUUCGUUUUGCCACGCACCGUGUACGCACAUCCACAAACUGAUCCUAGCCUAGAAGACUGUUUUCAAAACCCAGAAUCAACUUCUCUCCUUUCUGGUCUCUCCGAUGUGUCGCCGUGUUACUACGAUUUCCCUAUAGCCGCUUCAUUUCCUCAUUUCCUCAAUGGCGAUCCAAAACUUUUUAAUUCUAUAUCAGGUUUACAUCCAACAGAAGAAAAACAUGGAUCGUACUUAAUCGUCGAACCUUUAACAGGAGUACCAGUUGAAAGUAGAGCUCGUAGCCAAAGCAAUCUAGUCAUGCAUCCUACAAGUGGAUUUUCCAAUAUCGACAAGUUUAGUAAUAUGACAAUACCGAUGUUUUGGGCCGAAUACAAUCAAGUGGGCUUACCUUGGUACAUAACAGCUCUCAUGUAUUUAACUGUUAACGUUUUACCGUAUACCCAAUUAAUCGGAAGUAUCGCGAUGAUGAUAGCCGGCUUGACAAUGAUCGGGAAAUCGGUGUUCACAGCAGUAUUUGGUUAUAGAAAGCCAUUACACUCUCAUAGUUCUUUGGAUCUCUUGCCAUCAAUAAAUUAAUAAGUGUCGUAAAUACAUCAAAACAACAAAACCAAUUAAACAAUUAAAUUGAUGUAUAGAUUAUUUAUUAUUCUAGUUAUAAGUAUUUAAAUUUUAUUUUUUCAUUUUAUGUUAUUAUGUCAAUAUUGUCAUUCGUCAAUAUAUUUUGACAUAGAUCUUUUUUAUCACAAAAAUCAUUUAUUUUCACCAUAAACUUAUACCUACCUAUAAAUAUAUUGCAUACC